AUGGCGAUAGAUCAUGAAGAGAAGAGCGAGAAUGAACAGCAACACACCAAAACACUCAUAUGUGCUCUCAACUUUCUCUCUCGCGACGUUCCUCUUCCCAAUCACAUCCUCAACUCCGUCUCUUCCAUCUAUCAUCACAGCAACAAUGGCGAUGUCAAUGGUGAUGCAGGGAGUUCUGGAGAUGAUUUAAUAACAGAUCUUAAAGAUGCAAUAUUGGAACAGCGCCCAAAAUGUGCUUCACGUUUCAAAUUGGAGGAAGCAAUGGAAAGCCGCCAUCAAAGUCAGAUUUGGCAUCGGUUAAAUGAGCUUGAAGAAUUGCCUUCAAGCAGGGGAGAGGACCUGCAGACAAAGUGCCUGCUUGAACUUUAUGGACUGAAGUUAGCAGAGUUGCAGUCAAAGAUUCGGUCUGAUGUGAGUUCUGAAUACUGGCUCAAUGUUGAAUGUGCAUAUCCUGACAGGAAAUUGUUUGAUUGGGGCAUGAUGAGACUGCGCCGUCCAUUCUAUGGAGUUGGAGAUCCAUUUUCCAUGGACGCUGAUGAUCAAUUAAGGAAGAAACGGGAUUCUGAGAAACUGUCAAGAUUAGAAGAGGCGGAGAAAAAUCAUAUAGAGACUACAAAAAGAAGGUUUUUUGCAGAAAUACUCAAUACUGUCCGCGAGCUCCAGUUACAAAUUCAAGCUUCUUUGAAGCGGAGGAAACAGAGGAAUGAUGGUGUCCAGGCAUGGCAUGGAAGGCAAAGACAAAGGGCAACCCGUGCAGAGAAAUUGAGAUUCCAGGCCUUGAAGGCUGAUGAUCAAGAAGCAUACAUGAGAAUGGUGAAAGAGAGUAAGAAUGAAAGAUUAACUUUGCUUCUUGAAGAAACAAAUAAACUAUUGGUAAAUUUAGGAGCAGCUGUUCAACGUCAAAGGGACUUCAAACAUUCAGAUGGCAUUGAACCUUUGGAAGAUUCCGAAGCUGAUUUACCUGAGUCAGAUGCCUCAAAGAAUGGAAUUUCUAAGGAAUCACCUGUUGAUGAAGAUAUAGAUGCGAUAGAUUCUGAUCAUAAUGAUGGUGACUCAAACGAUUUACUUGAAGGUCAGCGACAAUACAAUUCUGCCAUUCAUUCAAUUCAGGAAAAGGUAACUGAACAACCGUCUAUACUUCAAGGUGGAGAAUUAAGAUCAUAUCAGAUAGAGGGGUUGCAAUGGAUGAUUUCUUUGUUUAAUAACAACUUAAAUGGGAUUUUGGCUGAUGAAAUGGGGCUUGGGAAAACAAUACAAACUAUUUCUCUCAUAGCACAUCUUUUAGAGUACAAAGGUGUGACUGGUCCCCACUUGAUUGUUGCUCCAAAGGCAGUUCUGCCUAACUGGAUCAUUGAAUUCUCAACAUGGGCUCCUACCAUUAAAGUUAUUCUUUAUGAUGGACGAAUGGAUGAGAGAAAAGCAAUAAAGGAUGAAUUUUCAGGAGAGGGGAAAUUUAAUGUUAUGAUAACUCAUUAUGAUCUUAUAAUGAGAGACAAAGCAUUUCUCAAGAAAAUUAAAUGGAACUACUUAAUUGUGGAUGAAGGUCAUCGGUUGAAGAAUCAUGAGUCUGUUCUAGCGAAAACCUUGGACAAUAGCUAUAACAUCCAACGGAGACUUUUGCUGACUGGUACCCCUAUUCAGAACAGUUUGCAAGAAUUGUGGUCUCUGCUUAAUUUUCUCCUUCCUAACAUAUUCAACUCCGUUCAAAAUUUUGAGGACUGGUUUAAUGCCCCCUUUGCAGACAGAGUUGAUGUCUCUCUAUCAGAUGAAGAACAACUAUUAAUCAUUCGGCGUCUGCAUCAAGUUAUAAGGCCCUUCAUAUUACGAAGGAAAAAGAAUGAGGUGGAAAAAUUUCUUCCUGGGAAAUCUCAGGUCAUACUCAAAUGUGAUAUGUCAGCCUGGCAGAAAGUUUAUUAUCAACAAGUUACUGAUGUAGGCAGAGUUGGUUUGGACAAUGGUUCUGGAAAAUCGAAAAGUCUACAGAACUUAACCAUGCAACUCAGAAAGUGUUGUAACCAUCCUUACCUCUUUGUGGGAGACUAUGAUAUGUAUAAAUGUAAGGAGGAGAUUGUCAGAGCAUCAGGUAAAUUUGAACUUCUUGACCGUUUGCUUCCAAAACUUCGCAGAGCUGGUCACCGAGUCCUCCUUUUCUCACAAAUGACUCGACUUAUGGACACUCUCGAAGUUUAUUUAAGACUUCAUGAUUUCAAGUAUCUUAGACUUGACGGCUCAACGAAAACUGAAGAAAGAGGCUCUUUACUACGGAAAUUUAAUGCUCCUGACUCCCCAUACUUUAUGUUUCUAUUAAGCACCCGGGCUGGUGGUCUUGGUUUGAACUUACAAACAGCAGAUACUGUUAUAAUCUUUGACAGCGACUGGAACCCACAAAUGGAUCAACAAGCCGAGGACCGAGCUCAUCGCAUUGGACAAAAAAAGGAAGUUCGGGUUUUUGUGUUGGUAAGUGUGGGAUCAAUUGAAGAGGUAAUUUUGGAGCGUGCAAAACAAAAGAUGGGUAUAGAUGCCAAAGUCAUUCAGGCAGGACUUUUCAACACAACUUCAACAGCCCAGGACAGAAGAGAAAUGUUGGAGGAGAUUAUGCGACGAGGCUCAAGUUCACUUGGGGCAGAUGUACCUAGUGAGAGAGAAAUUAACCGCCUUGCUGCUCGAUCAGAUGAGGAAUUUUGGCUGUUCGAGAAAAUGGAUGAAGAGAGAAGACAAAAGGAAAACUACAGAUCACGUCUCAUGGAAGAGCAUGAAUUGCCAGAAUGGGUGUAUGCUCCAAUUCAAAAGGAUGACAAGUCCAAAAGUUUCAGCAGUGGUGUUACUGGAAAGCGAAAAAGAAAAGACGUGGUAUAUGCUGAUACAUUAAGUGAGCAACAAUGGAUGAUGGCUAUGGAGAAUGGGGGUGACAUGUCAAAGGUUUCAGCUAAAGGAAAAAGAAGAGAGUCAAGAGAUUAUCUCUCAUCUGACAGCAUAGCACAAGCCAGUGAUAAUCCAGGGGCAGAUGAAAGCUUAUUUGGGUCAAGGACUAAAAUUUCCCCCAUGGAAAAUGAAGAUAGUUUGCAUACCUCUCCUUCCUCAAAGAGAUUCCGGCCUGAAAGAACAAAAUUUCAGAAACAGGCAUACGAGGAUGUCGGCGGAAGUGGUCUGGACCAGAAUGUUUUCUCCUGGAAUACUCACAAAAAGAAGAGAUCAAGCCAUCAAGGCCAGGGUUCAUUAUCCGAUAGUAGAGGUCAAAAUUCAAAUGGAAGAGGAAACUGGAAUUGA